AUGAAGCAGGAGUGGGAGGAUGAAGUCAGUAGGACAUCAUUCAUUGAGAGGAAGAAGCUGGAGCCAAUUGAGAGGCAGAUUGCUCAACACGAAGAUGGAUCAGUGGAGGAGGACGAUCACGAAUUCACGAAGAUGGUAGAGCAGAUUGAGAAGUGUGGGAAUGAUGGUAUGAGAGUAGGAUGCACUAAUAAUGCAAUGGUUGAUUUUGAUCAUAAGGCAUUUGACUAUUUGGUGCUAUUGGAUCAGACUAGUGAUAAAAUAGGUAAAAAUGGUAAAAAUGGUAAGGAUGAAAGAAUGGGGAUAUUGAGUAGAAUAUUCUGCUGUGGUGAAGAGAGCACUGAGGAUGAGAAGAGGAUGAAUUUGAUUCUGUUUAGGAAGAGAAAGGGGAGUCCAAAGAGAAUGGUAGCAAAUACCAAGAACAUCAGGGUGGUAGUGGAGUAA